CUCUUCUGUUCUCACUCAAGGAGAAAGUAAACAGCUCGGCGUAUAAGCACCUUAUCGCUCACGAGCAGGCGCGUAAUAACCGCGCUGCGCUAUGCAUGGUAUCGAAACACAAAACAAGCGAGGAGAGAGCUGCGGCAGAUGUGUUUGUGGCAGGUUGUUUUCCGGUGAUACAGGUGGACAAUAGAGGGCCGAGGUCGUUCUGUUCCCCGAGAAGACAUGAUGACAUGUGAGAUUCUGAGUAGACUGUUGGCACUUUGCGCGAUAGCCUGCAUCGCGCGAGCGGGUUCCACCCUCCAAGACGCUCGAGAUUUCGAGGAGAAAGUGUCCAUUCUCCUGAAAGAAGAACUAGAAACCCCCAAAUGCUUUGCUGAAGGGAGGAAGGACUUCACGUGCUUCUGGGAGGAAGAUGAGGAGAGAGCUGGCUCUGUGCAUCAGUACUCCUUUACAUACACCUACCAAAAUGAAAACAGCAGCAGGUGCCCCCUCAGCGCCGUCCCUGCAGCAGGUGGGAAAAUGCUGAUUGUAUGCCAUCUGAACCGAAUUCAGAUGUUUGUCCAAAUGGACAUCCAAGUUCAUCGGGAGGGAAUACUGAUACACAAUCGCAGCCUCCUCAUCGAACUCGUCUUUCUUCUGGAUCCUCCUGCUAAUGUAACAGUGAGCAGCACAGGUCAGCAAGGCCAGCUGAAUGUCAGCUGGGUGCCACCUCCUCUGAAGUACAUGGAUGACAGCAUGAUGUAUGAGGUCUUCUAUUCUCUGGCUGACAGCCACAUUGGGCAGGUUGAAGUGGCCCGGGCAUGCUCAGAAUAUAUCUUGAGAGGCCUGCAGUUCAGUAGAAAGUACAAGGUUCAAGUCCGUGUAAAACUGGAUGGAGUUAGCUACAAUGGCUACUGGAGUGCUUGGAGUGACCCAGUGUUCAUGGAAACUCUUCCUACAGAAUUUGAUCCACUCAUCAUCUCCCUGACGCUCAUCAUCUCUUUCAUCUUCAUUGUCCUGUGUCUUGCUAUGCUCCUGUCCCAUCAUAGGUUCCUUAUAAAGAAGAUUUGGCCAGCUAUUCCAACUCCUGACAGCAAAUUUCAGGGUCUUUUUACCAUUUAUGGUGGGAACUUUCAGGAGUGGUUAGGGCAAACCAAUGGAGGUUUGUGGUUGACGCCAGCUUUCAUCUACUCAGAAGAAUGCCCCUCUCCUCUGGAAGUACUCUCAGAACUGAGCCUAUGCCCCUCACUGCCCUCUCCACCUCUGCCACCCAAGGCCUCUAGAGCUUUGAGUGCAGUCAGGAAUGAGGGCAGGGAAUUGAGGAAUGGGGUUGAAGAGAGAGCACUGUUGGUAAAAGACAAUUUAGAUGGCGAGACAGAUGGGGAAAGAGCCGCACCGCACCACCACUGGUUACUGGACCGCUUGCGGGCACUCCACCAGCACCAGGUUCCCUGCUCGCAGUCUUCUCUGCUGGAGUCUCAAGACACCUACGUCACCCUCAGUGCCAACAACAACAGUGACGAUGAGCGCGUGGAUAGCAACCUUGAGGAAGCCUUGCCCCUUGAGGCUCUUUUUCCCUCUGGAAAUACAGCAUUGUGUGAAUCUCACUCUGACCUGGGAUCAGCGCCUCAAAGCUCUGGAUCAGGUUGCAUUUCUUCCCAGUCCAGUUUUGAGUACCCAAACCAUGCCUGGAUGGCCAAGGGCCCCGGGUACACCUACAUGGCAGUGGCAGACUCUGGGGUCUCAAUGGACUAUAGCCCCAUGAGCAGAGUUGAUGAAAAUGGAAAAGUGCCCGUCUACACUAACGAGUACAAGAACAUGAUCCCUGCUCACAGGAAACCCUUCUUGGUGAGGCAGUACCCUGUCCAUGGUGAUGGCUGAGAGGAAGCUAAACUGUUUUAAAACAGACUCUGUAAGGGAAUUUGGAUAUUCACCCAAGGCAACAUGGCUUCCCAUCAACUGUUACAAAAGUAACUGGGGAGGUGACUGACACCACAGUGUAAGCUAAAGAACUCUGUACAGGACACUGAGGGAUUGAACUUCUUGAGUUUCUCCACCAUGAAGAAUUUUGUAAAGCUUCAUGUUAAGGCAUACAUAUUGACCAUUAACAGGUUUCUUAUUAGCAUGCAUACUGGUAGCAGACUGGUUCUUUAUUAGCCACUAUAAAGCACUUUCUGAUGCUGCAGUCUGCACCAUAUUCUACAAAUAUAAUUAAUUUGCUAUCUAAUUACUGGUCAUUGAUGGUAAAUAAGGAAGUAGUUAUUCAUAACCUAUUGCCAAUAUGAUAGCAGUUUUCCUUUUAUAGCAUUUAAUGCUUGUGAAAGACUGCACAAAAGUAAGUGUUAAUAGUGUUAAAAAACCUGUAGGUUCACAGAGGUGCAAAGGAGCAAGAAGUACAAACUUGGCACAGCUAACACCAUUCUCCUUAUUAAUUGAUAGUAUACUUUUGUUUUCAUAUCAUGUUUAAGGUAUAGAAUAAAUGUACUGCUUUAACUAAAUUUUAUAAUUUUCAGCUGAUAGAGCUUUUAUAUUUCUCAGCAUGUGGCACCGUUUAGCACCCUAAUUCACACAUCACAAAAGCUACACAGACAAAAAUGAACUUGCUUAAAGCAGUUCAUGCUGCUUGGUUAGAGCAGCAUUCUCUAUAUAAUGCUUUCCGUGCAGCAUAACAGAAUUUUAGGUGAACAAAGCAGUAGGAGUUAUGUCUUCUUGUUAGAAGUAAUGCGACUUUCACAUUUUUUAACAUUGUUGUCAAGUCAAACUUCAAGUUUCGGCAAUCUUUGAUAAAUUGUAUCAUUACCGACAUUAAACUGUGAAAUAGCACCUACUCAAUCAUCCAAUUACCAGAAGAAACUUUGUACAAACAUCAUCAUUGUGCAAGAACAAGCUCGUCAUCACAGCUGUUGCUACUUAAUUUUUCAUCAUCACUGCUGUGAAAAAGAAAGUUGUGUUGUUUUUUUUCAAACUCAGAUUACUCAGCAUCAAGUGUAUAUUAUUCCAAAACGACAAAUAAACUUAGCUUGGCUAACAUUUGCUCAAAUCUAUAACGCUCGCUGUCUUUUUAAAAAUAAUUAUGGCAAAUCUGGCAGCCAUCUGCAGUUAUGAAAAAGCAUGCCCUCUUUCAGUUAAUGGAACCUCCAUUGUAUUAUUGUAGGGUCUUUACCUCACAAUAUAAAGGGCCAUGAGGCAAUCUUGUUGUGAUUUGACGCUAUAAAAAUAUAAUUGAAUUGAUCUGAGUUCUCGAGCUUUAAGUGACAGGUGUACUCAGUCUUUCUAUACUGCUCCUGCAUUUUGGCUUUGCUUUUGAUAAGUAAUAUAUAUUUUUAAUAUGUUAUUUGUAGGUGUUCAUUUGAGGUUUUUUAAAUGUUAAGAACUUUUGGAUAUUUUGGAUCAUAUCCAAGUGUGAAACUCACUGUACUUGUACAUAAUAAUACAGUUUUUGUUUUCUGUUUUUAUCACAAUUGUUUGAGAGGAUGAUCAAAUCUGUAAAUUGCUGCCAUUUCCAAGAAAACCUUGGAUCUUGAAGUAAAAGAAAUCUAGUAACCACUACUAAUGCAGGGCGUGGAGACAUUUUAAGCCAAUAUCCAUUUUCAUCAAUCACUCCAAAAAAUUGAUUUCCAUACUUUUGCACAUCCUUGUUUGAUUUUGUUGCUCAAUAACAUCUAGCAACUGAAAUUGUAGUUACUCUAAAAGCACGAUUCUCAACACUGUUGAAUUAUUUUAGUCCAGCAAAGUGUGAAAUGGCAGGAAAACAAAUUUUAUAGCGCAAAAACUGACAACUCGCUAGCUUUCAGUUAGUUUGCGAAAGCUUUUCUAUAAUAAAGUUGUCUUUUCCCCUACAAACAGGAUCUAGCUCUUUACUAGGGGGAACUCCCCAAUGUGUAUUUCUUUAUGCUUAAAUAUACAUAAUAAGAGAAACUUUUUCAUUUUGUAAUUUAUUUGAAUGUGAUAUCAGCUACUGAAGUCUCGAGUUUCACAAAUUAUGAUAAAAGAAAGACAAACAGAAAAGCAUUACACUGUGUGUUUAUUGGAAUUUACAAUGUGUUUUAGAGACUUUUUGCUCUGUGUCAUUUUGUCUUGUUAUUAAGGCACUCUCAGCCAAAAAUGUUGGAAAACCACUGUUUAGUUUAAGACAUUCACAUUCCUUAAACGUCUUUGUAAAGACUGUUAAUGUUUUUGAUUAACCUUCAUGUCAUUUAAAAUUCAAACUCAUUAAAUAUUGUACUGUUA